CCUUUGCUAGUCCUGGCCUUGCCAUUUUCAGUCCUCCUUCUGCCCAAAGAUUGCGUCUGCAGGCCAGCCGCAUAAGUAUGGCCGACUAUGAGGCUCUUCAUUAUGAUAAAGAAAAACUCAAGGCUGCAUCCAUUCCAUUAGGAAUAAUUGUUGUAGAGAAUGAUUCAGAUCUUGAAGUUGUUAGGAAUCGAAUUAAUCAUUUGCAAGAGGACAACCUUGGAGUGUCGAACUCUGCCAUUACUCAGAAACUAUCCCCAAACUGGUGCUUUCUAGAUUCAACGACAGCAGAACGUUUCUUUCGAAUUGAUCGCUCGCAGGAACAUUUGCAUUACAUCACGGACAUUUCCUCGGAGGAUCUGUACAUCCUGGACCCUGAUCUGCUUGUGCCUAGUGGCUUGAAUCCACAGGACAGCCCUUGGCAGAUGGUGGCAAGCAGAGAGAAAGGUUACGAAGCAGCAGUCACGGAUGUCCCAGAUGGUGCUGCAGAGGGCAAGUUAGACCAUCUUAACCUUGUGUUCAGUAUGCCAGUCACUCCUCCCAGGUCACCAGGCUGUAUGCUUGGACCAGAAAGCCGAGACAAUUCCCUCCUGCCCCAUUCCCCCACAUCUAGUAACAGUUUACUCUACAAUCUAGAUGUUUGUGCCUUGUGUAAGAUCUCAGCAGGCGUAGUGCAUGAUGUAGUGGAGUCUGGCGCAGCAGCUGGAGCCUUAAUAAGAAGGUCUUUCCCUACCACUCCCAUAACUCCAGUUAGUAGUAAUGAGUUAUUCCUGAAAGAGUUUAUGAGCAAGAUACAGCAAAGACGACGCUCUGAACCAGGCACCCCCAAUUCCAGUGCUGAAGAGAGAAAGUCCAGCUUCCAGGCUGUUGCUCCAGUAACUUCUGAUGCUGCGCUGACAAUACCAGUAGCCACAAAACAGACAGUAACAGUGCCCACAGAUAAAAUGCUGAUAGAUUCAUCUAAAAGAGGAGAUUUAGUCAGGAUAAUGGAGCUUCAUCGUGGAGGUGCAAACCUGUUAGCAACUGAUCAGUAUGGCAUGACUGCAUUACAUCAUGCAUCACGUUUCGGGCAUAAAGAGGUUGUCAAGUUCCUCAUAGAGAAUGCACCACCUGUCAUUUUAGAUAUUGUGGAUCUAGAAAAAGGCCAGACGGCCCUCCACAAGGCUGCCUGGUAUCAGCGUCGCACCAUCUGCUGUAUGUUGGUGGCAGCAGGGGCAUCACUCACUAAGAAGGACUACCAGGGCAAUACUCCCAGGUUACAAGCUCUAAAAGCAGAAGACAUGGAGCUGGCUGCUUACUUAGAGAGCCAGGAACAUUUUCAGCUGGUUGUUUCUGAAGAUCACGAGACUGCAGUGUAACAGUGUUGUUUUGCAAGGAGUUCAUAGCAUUUGGUUAUUGGGGUUUAGCUUCAAACAUUGUGAAUUUGUUCAUCAUAAGAAGUGAUUUUGAGUUGAAAAACUUUCAGACUCGGUAGUACUUCAUGAUAUAUUUGUUGGAAAGGACUACCAGACAAAGAUUUUGCAGGAAAUGUUUAUCCUAAGAAAUGUUUUAUAGAGUAAAAGAAAAUGAAAUUAUGGCUCUUACUAAAAGGGACAAAUUAAGUUGUGAGAGGAAGAUGCAAGAAACAGUUUAAAAUGAGAAAAUUCUGUAAUGCGGUCCUAACCUUCGUAUUGUGAAAGAGAAACAGUACGCGUGUGUGAGUUUUUUUGAAAGAACAAGUGUAAGCAGUUAACAGUUAAUGCAGAAUAUGUAGUUUUCUGUUGUGGAUAUGCAGUCAUUUAUCUGUGAAGGGAGAAAUGGCACACUGUGAUGUACUAGUACUGCAUGGAACACAGACAAAUAUAGAGAUGUUGUUGUCAAAGAUGACGAUGCAAGCAUUAUUACAUAAUAUCUCUUACCUGCACUGUAUUGCAUACAACUAUUUUAACCAAAAAAUGAAGAAUUGUUGACAUUGUACAGAUUAACAUAAUGUACCUGUGUGUAUGCAGUGAUGUCUUUAUCUUCUGCACAAUAUAUAUGUUGGUCAUGAAGAGUCUAAUAAUGUACUUACUGUACUAGAAAUUUAAGUAUAUUAACCCAUAGCAUUUUUGGAAGCAUUCCAACUGCUCAAGUUUCCCAAAUGAUAUUUAAUGCAAUGAUUAUACUCUAUGGAAUUGUACAAUUAUUUCUGUGUAUAGAAGUAAAAAUGAAGUGGAUGCAAUGGUUCUACAGCAACUGGAAAGCAGUAUUGUACUUGAUGCAGGAUUUAUUUUGUUAUUUCUAAGUACAAGGCAACAGACAGCCUGAAUAAUCUGAUUGAAGCCAGUUUAUUGAAUUUUCAUUGCUGGUUUGUUUUCUGUGUUUUGUUCACCUCUCAGUGCUAACAAGGUUGCCAGUCAUCAUAUCUAAUGAGGCAUUUUAGCCCAAAUCAUUUCCCAGCUAGGACAGUUUGGUGACAAUUCGCACAAAGCACAUAAUUUUGUCCACUGGUAACUUUUAAAGUCAAAUGUCAUUCUUGCUUGUAUCAUCGAACAGCAUUUGAUCAGACAAUUGUCAGAUUGUGAUAUUUCUUCAAAUAAGUUGUUGGCAUCCAUGUUACAUUCUCUGGUACAGUGAUUUGCUAGGUAAAACUUUCAUAUCAAGCUGGACUUGAAUGACUUAUUUAAUACUAAUUAGAAAGUUUUUUAAUUAAGAUUAAUUUAUUUGAAAUAUUUUACUAAUUCUAGAAGUGAAAAAAAAAAACACCAGACAUUGUCAGGAUAAAUAACUUAAAUGAUGCCACAGCAUUGUGCAUUUAUGCACUUUAAAUGUUUAUUAAGUAAUUGUUCUCAGUAUUCUUCUCUGUCUCUAGCUUAUCAAUAUAUGUUAAGAAUUAGAAUAAGUGUUUUGUUUUAUCAUGCGUACACAUAAUUAAAAGUCUAACUUGAUAGCAGAUGGGUGAAGUAAUAGACUUUAUUAUGAUGCACUUUGAAUUAUCCAGUAUCUUAUAUUGCAACUAGAAUAGACAAGGAUUUGAAUGAAAAGCUGCAGAUAUGAUUCUUGGUACCUGAGCUUUAAGCAAAUGAAUUUUAUGACUGUUGUAUAUAUAUAAAGCAAACUCAAGGAAAAAUGUCUGCUUACUUUUUGAGUGUGGUGGUAUUUCAUUAAAUGGCAUGUAGCAUCUUUUUUCAUUCUUUUGAACAAGUUUUGUGAUUGGAAAGAUUGCACAGUUCAUUUAGUUAAUUUUCUUCAGUUACUUUCCUGUUUUGUGAAGGUUAAUUUACUGGAGAUUGGCUCUCCUGUUAUCUAUAUAAGUGAUGUAAACAAUGCAGUAAGCCAGAGUACUGUAACAUGGAGCAAGUUUUCUUAGGGUUACUUUGAGAACAUUGAGAUAUAUAUAUCAGUAGAUAUAUAAAGCAGUAGAUAGUUGACAUGUUUAAAAUUCUUUUCCCCUUUAUGAUUUAUUCUAGUCAGUAUAUCAGUGACUUUGCUUCAUUUUAAGCUUCAUGAUAACUCAUUUAAUUGCAAAUAAAAGCUAGCAGGGCACUGACUGUUCCCACCUGUGAAGCACAUGCUUAAACAGAUGCAACCUUCUUGUAUCUUGUGCUGCUUUUGUAAUAGUAGAGUAAAUAAGAAGGUUGUAGGUCUUAGGUGAUUUUGUUUAAUAUGGCUUUAGGUUGUCUUGAAAUCCCAGCAUGAGCAAAGAACACACUGAGGUUGUGCUGACCUGGUAAUAUAUUCAGAAGACCUAUUUUGAUAUUCCUUAUAUAAAAAAACAAUUUUUAAUAAUAAAAAAAUUAACC